CUGCAAAAACGCAGCGUUUGCAGCCCCGGACUUGUGAGCAUGGCCAUGGUCCCGGUACCUGAGUGUGAGGUGUGUAAUGAGAAGGUGCCAUUACCGCCACAGUUCGAAGAUAUGUCAUCUAGACUGCACCCAAGCCUAUUUGCGAGCCCAGAACGUCUCAUCCUUCGAAGUCGGAUCGACUCGAUUGAUAGACUGCCCUUGCGGCAAGGGGGUCUAUGCACCAACUUGCGCAGUUUGUUGCGGAAGCCUACUGCCUCCAACAUCGCUUGCACCGAUGUGUGCUGCUCCAUGCGGCCGAGUGCUUGCUCACACAGUUUGCAUGUUGGCGGUUCUAGCCUUGAGAGGAGCAGAGUUUGAUGUUUUGGCUAUAUAUACUUUUUAAGCAUGGUGACACACUCCUAGCAGUUCAUGAUGAAACACCACAUCGUUUCUGCGACUUGCUUUGCGCGUCGAUUGGGUCACACAAGGUAAGGGGCUUCGCAGCCCGGCGAGAUUGCCAGCUAUGCAGGCACCACCAAUUUCAGUCAAACAGGUGCUGCACAUUUAAUUCGAUGUUGGCUCAAUUUAAGUCAGCUGAUAGGUUGCCACUUAGAUCCCUGACCUUUGCAUCAAUUUGGUUGUCCUUCGAGGAAACUUUGCUUGAAGAGCCUGAUCUCCCACUGGC